AAAAAGAAGCCUUUUGGUGGAUUUUAAGCCAAAAAUGAAAAGAACAGAGAAAGGGGUAACCGUGCAUUUUUGUUUCUUGUGUUGUUGAGACUUGAGAGUCUUAACUUAACCCCUUCGAUGGGGAAGAAGAGCCGAUCAUCUACAUCUUCUCCUUCAACACCCAAUCCCGAAGAAAGAAAAGGGUUUUCUUUAAUGAACGAUGAUCUUCUUCAAAACAUACUCUCAAGGCUUCCUGCCACCUCCUUCGCCUCCGCAGCUGCCGUCUCCAAGGCCUGGAACGCUGCUUGUAGUCGCAUACUUUCUCGCCCUAAGCUCUCCUCCGCUGUCUCCCUCAACCCUUCUCCUCUUGUUGCUUUACAAGAGGUUUUUGACAAGGUUAUGUCAGAGCCAAUUCGACCCCAUUUUGCUAUUGCCAGUGUUGGUCCUGGGUUUUACUUAAAAAAUGUUCUCCAAUUCAUGGUAGAUAAACUGGGAUCAAGAACUCCGAUUAUUUUAUCUUCUGUUAGCGGAAUUAUUGGACGAGAUGCCCUUACUCAUGAAUUUAGAGAGGUCAAGUGGAAUUAUGGUCAUAUUGGUGAUGAAGUUUCUUCAAAUAAUGGCAUCGUAUUGACUGUUGGAUUUGUUCCGGGACUUAAAGUCGAUGCUAUCCCUCUUUUAGGACACAACAAGGCACCUCAAGGGUCAAUGAUUGACGAUUUUGUUAUGGAUAUUAAGAGUUACACAUCCUCUGUGUCAGGUUACACUUCACCGCUUGCGAUUAUAAUGAUUGGAGAUGCAGAUGUUGACCAGAAACCUAUCAUUGAAAAGUUAGAUUAUGCAAUGCCCAUGGAAACGAUCAUUGUGGGUGAUGAGAGAGGUCAGUUUGUAUAUAGAAGUGCUGAUGUUCCGAGAAAUGCCAGCACUAGUCAAAAACACUCUCUUGAUGCUGUUGCUCUUGUAUUUGCAAGAGAUAGAGACAAGGCCCAUGGUAACUGUUCCUUUGGUAUAGGGGAUAUUGAAUUUCAUUUUGCAUUGUCAAAUGGUGUUUCGGCAAUUGGACCAAGGCUUAAGGCAGUUUCUGUUAAGGUGAAAGCAUCUGAAAAUGUUACUUGGCUCACUGCCAGAAGAGAAGGACAGCAGGAGAUUCUUGAUGGUCAAAGUAUGCUGGAUGAUAUCGAUAAUGAGAUGGAAAAUCAUAUGGAAUACGUUGAACUUUACAUUGGGGUUACAAGACGACGGAACUGUUCUGUUGGCUCAGAUAAGCCUAGGUUGAUGACGACGUUGACACUCCAUGGAGUUGAAGGAGGAGAUGAGGAGUACCUUUAUGUUGAUGGUGUCGGAAUCAGAACUGGAGACUGUUUCCAGUUUUACCAUUCAGAUCCCAAAACUGCGUUACCUUCAUGCCGAAAUGUCUCCUCAGCCCUUAGAAGUUUGAAGUUGGAUUGGGAUUCUAAAUGCUGCCUCAGCAAAAGGGCUGUUGUUAAUGCCAUUGAUAAGAAGGAAGCUUUCGGAGGAUUCAUCUUUUCUUGCCUUGGCCGUGGGGAGUCAUUCUUUGGGCACCUUAAUGUUGACAGCACGCCAUUCUUGGAGAACUUUCCUGGGGUUCCCGUGGCAGGAAUAUUUUGCGGUGGGGAAAUUGGGCGUGGCUAUACUGGCUUAACUGCGCAUGGAGGCAAAGAAGGCUCUGCUCAUUGCCCUCUCCAUGUCUAUAGUACUGUUUAUCUUGUGAUGUCAUAUGCUUCACCUGCAGAGCAUUAGAUCUUUUCCAUGGCUCCCUUUAAUAUGGAUGGGAAGUCUUCAGUCUCAGAGAUGACUCUAAAAGUAACCAGCUGCUUGGUGCUGCUCAAGUGUUUUCAUUAUCCUUAAAAGAUUGACCUAUUCUUAGAAGGCUGCAUUCUUAUGAAUUUCUAGAAUUAAAAAUCGCAGAACAAAACGAACAUCCUUGUAUUAGACCACCUUUGUAAAAUAGAUACCUGUUUUCUGUUUUAGAUGCUUAAGAAGAGAAGUUUCAUGUUCUUUCAUGUACAUUUUUCUUAUUUUCAGGUUAUGGUUUUCUUUUACUAAAAAAAUGAAAAAUGGUUUCAUUGAUGGGGGAAAAAUAAUGAAUGAUAAUAUGAUUAUCAUUCAAUUAAAUGAAAUUGUUGUUUCCCUUCCAUUUUCUUUCCAGUGGUGGAUAUAUUGGGUCUUGAGACAUGGAAAUAAAAAUGCAGAUUCAUUCUUUUUCCUAUCAACUAUUCCAUUUAAUCCUUUCCCUUGUCUCCUACCAAACCAAAUACAAAAACAAGAAGAGUGACUUCUUCAGGACACGGAGAAUUCGCCAAUCAUGUCUGACUUUACUCUCUAAUCUGUCGAAAACUCUAAUAGCUAGCUAGGCCUAGACAUGUGCAAGAAAGACCUUUUUAUUGUAUGUUACAAUAGUAAUAAUGAUAAUGUCCUGUCUCGUUUACACUGAUCACCAGUAAU